CUAGGUCCUGUCCAGUUGACACUUGUGAAACUCGGUCCAAGUGCUUCAGCUGGCUGCCGUGUGUAUGAGGAAGAAGGAACCUCCUUGGACCGAGGUGUUCAGGUACCUGUGGCUGACACUGGUGACUGGUGACCUCUGAAAGAGGCAAAGGCUACAAGGUUUUACCUCUUUCCCCCAGGCACCCAGAAGAGCCCGGAAGAGAGUAGAAGGCACAGCCAGCUCUAACGUCUUCUCGAUGUUUGACCAGUCCCAGAUCCAGGAGUUUAAAGAGGCCUUCACUAUCAUGGACCAGAACCGUGACGGCUUUAUUGACAAGGAGGACCUGAGGGACACCUUUGCUGCACUGGGUCGCAUAAAUGUCAAGAACGAGGAGUUGGAAGCCAUGGUGAAGGAAGCCCCAGGGCCCAUCAACUUCACAGUCUUCCUGACCAUGUUUGGGGAGAAACUAAAGGGCAGCCACUGUGCUGAGCUUUUUUAUGGGUCUUCCAGGCCGCAGAGCAGAGGCCCUCUCUGGGGACAAGGCAGGGAGUGGCUGGCUGAGGCACGGACCCAGAAGAGACCAUACUGCACGCCUUCAAAGUGUUUGACACUGAAGGAAAAGGCUUCGUCAAGGCUGACUUCAUUAAGGAGAAGCUUAUGACCCAGGCCGACCGGUUCAGUGAGGAGGAGGUCAAGCAGAUGUUUGCAGCUUUCCCACCAGAUGUCUGUGGCAACUUAGACUACAGGAAUCUGUGCUAUGUCAUCACACACGGCGAGGAGAAAGACUAGAGGUGUCUCCUCCAUACCUGGAGUCAGUCAAGAUGGGGUGGGGUGGGAACCAGUGCAGGGAUAGCAUCGGUAGGGAAACAGUCUCCAUCACCCUCGGAGUCCGGGGCUGAAGCGGGAAUAAAUAACACAGAGA